GGAAUGGCGUGGGCCUGCUGUUUGAUGUGAUGAGAUGAGAUUUGGGCGGAUAUAAUCAGGAUGGAUGGAUGGGUGGACUGAGGUGGACUGUUGUUGGCUUGAACUUGAAGUUCGUGAGGGGGAUGAUCGAGCGCAUUGGUCAGCCAGUGGCCUGACUAAUCAGCUGGGUGCUGGCUGAGCGCGGGAGAGGCUUAUAAAGAUCGGCGAGACUGGAUCAACUGGCCUGUUGACCACCACCCCCAAAUACAGCAGAGGAACACAGCAGACUCAACUGCAUAUAGUACAGUUCUCAACUUCCCUCAUCAAUCCAUCCCUCCUUCAUCCCCUCCCCAAUACAAACACACAUCUCCAACUCACAUCCCAAAACAUGUGUGGCAUCUUUGCCUAUGCCUCCUACCUCGUCGAAAAGGAUCGUCGUUAUAUCAUCGAUACCUUGCUCAAUGGCCUCCAAAGGCUAGAGUAUCGUGGAUAUGAUUCUGCUGGUAUCGAGCUUGAUGGCGACGAGCCUGGCCAAGUGUUCAUCUUCAAACAGGUCGGCAAGGUCAAGUUGCUCCGAGCUCACACCGAUCAAGCCACCAUCGAUUUCACCAAAUCCUUCCUCAUGCAAUCCUCCAUGGCCCAUACCCGUUGGGCCACCCACGGACAACCCUCCUCGUUGAACUGUCAUCCCCAUCGAUCCGAUGCCAAUAACGAGUUCACCGUCGUCCAUAACGGCAUCAUCACCAACUACAAGGAACUCAGAUUGGUCCUCGAGAAGAGAGGCUACCAAUUCGAGACCGAGACCGAUACCGAGGUGGCUGCAAAGCUCUGCAAAUUCUUGUACGACAACAGCAAGGGUAAAAACUUGACUUUUACCGGUUUGAUCAAAAGUGUCAUCAAGGAAUUGGAAGGAGCAUUUGCCUUUGUCUUCAAAUCCGCUCACUUCCCAGACGAGAUCGUAGUUUGUCGAAGAGGUUCACCAGUCUUGAUCGGCGUCAAGACUGAAAAGAAGCUCAAGGUGGACUUUGUAGAUGUCGAGGUGGCUGGGCCUAAUGAAGGCGAACUCGAAUCCUUGUCCUCCCCCACCGAUGCGGCCUCUCAAGCUAAGUCUGGCUUACUUGCCCCACCCACCGAAGGCGGUUUGAAACCUGGGGGUGCCAAGUUGAUCCGAUCUCAAUCUCGGGCCUUCUUAUCCGACGAUGGAGUCCCUCAACCUAUCGAAUUCUUCAUCGCAUCUGAUGCCUCAGCCAUCGUAGAACACACCAAGCGUGUCUUAUAUCUGGAGGAUGACGAUAUCGCUCAUAUCGCCGAGGGUGAAUUCCAUAUCCAUCGUCUCAGGCGAAACGAUGGUGUCUCCUCCGUGAGAGCUAUCGAGACUCUUGAGAUGGAACUCGCCGCGAUCAUGAAAGGUAACUUCGAUCACUUCAUGCAGAAGGAGAUCUACGAGCAGCCCGAGUCUGUCGUCAACACAAUGAGAGGUCGAGUCAACUUUGACACCGGAAGGAUCAACCUUGGAGGCUUGAAAGCCUACCUCCCUACCAUCCGAAGAUGCAGGCGCAUCGUCUUCGUGGCUUGUGGAACCAGUUUCCAUUCCUGCUUGGCGACACGUGCCAUUUUUGAAGAGCUGACAGAAAUCCCAGUUUCGAUCGAGUUGGCGUCUGAUUUCCUCGACAGACGAUGCCCGAUCUUCAGAGAUGACACCUGUAUCUUUGUCUCCCAAUCUGGAGAAACAGCGGACACGAUUCUGGCCAUGCGCUACUGUCUCGAGCGAGGAGCAUUGAACGUGGGGGUAGUCAACGUGGUCGGCUCUACGAUUUCGCGUGAGACUCAUUGUGGUAUCCACAUCAAUGCUGGCCCGGAGAUCGGAGUGGCAUCGACUAAGGCCUACACUUCCCAAUACAUCGCGUUGGUGAUGAUGGCCAUCCAACUCUCCGAAGAUCGCAUGUCACUCACCGAGCGAAGAAAUCAGAUCAUCGACGGACUUCACGAGUUGCCCCGUCAGAUCAGAGAGAUCUUGACUCAAGAUAAGGAGAUCCAACAAUUGGCUGGUACGAUCAGCAAGGAACGAAGUUUGCUCAUCAUGGGCCGUGGCUACCAGCAUGCGACUUGCUUGGAGGCGGCCCUCAAAGUCAAGGAAUUGACCUAUAUGCAUUCCGAGGGUAUCUUGGCCGGAGAAUUGAAACAUGGCCCGUUGGCUUUGAUUGAUGAGAACAUGCCAGUAAUCCUGAUCAUGACCAAGGAUUCUCUCUAUCCUAAGGUCCAAUCGGCCCUCCAACAAGUCACUGCCCGUAAAGGUUCGCCAAUCGUGAUCGCUAACGAAGGUGACACUGGCUUGACCGCCGCCGACUCCACUCGGAUCUUGAGGGUCCCUCAAACGGUCGACUGCUUGCAAGGUCUCUUGACUAUCAUCCCUAUGCAGUUGCUCAGCUACCACAUUGCUAUCUUGAGAGGCGUCGACGUCGACUUCCCCCGAAACUUGGCCAAGAGUGUCACGGUUGAAUAAUCAAUCAUAGCAAAAGAAAGAUGACUACUGAUCUAACAAUGGUUUAGGUUACGUAGAUCAAAAAGAACAUUGGGAGUUUCCUCCCUUUUUUUUUGUAACAAUGAGGGCGGUGAUUGGUGGUGGAACUUGAGAAGUUGAGGAGAUUGUUCUUAUGUUCAGUGCACUGCUCCCUUUGUCAGAUCCGAGGGAACAAGAUUCUCUUUCUUAUUCUUCCUCAGACCUCUACAUAUUUAUUUAUUUGUUAUUUAUUUACACUUGUUCUUACCUCUUCUGGUUGUUGAUUUUUUUUUUCACCCUGUCCUUCUCUUCUCUUUUUCCUCUUUUUAGAUGAACAUGUUUUGUGCGCCCCCCCCCGCCUUUUUUGUGUGUUCUUUUAUUAUGAUUCUCAUUUUUUUGAAGUCAGAGAUCUAUAUCUACAUAGGUAGAUUGAUUGAUUGAUUGAUCAAAUUUAGAUAUGAAUAUUAGUAUCAAUUGUUAUUGUUCACUUGAUUUCUUUUCUUUUUUCUUUGAAUCAUUAAUCUUCCAAAACAUCAAUCAAUCAAUCAACUUUCUUUUUUUGUUGUUUGGGGCUUUUGAUUUGUUGGGUUUGUUGAAGUAGAAGAUGAAAAAGGUUUAUGAUAAGUGAAAGACAUCACCAUCCUUUAAUUCAAAAAAUAUAUAAGAAAAAUGGAAAGGAUGACUGUUCAUGUGA